AUGUUCAGAAGCUUGAUACACCGCAGCAAACAGUUCACUGACAUAAAUAAGUUUACUUAUCUUAGAUCGUCACUCGUAGGUGAAGCGCUGCAGGAGAUUGAGACAAUCGAGAUUACGGCGGCAAAUUACACUAUCGCUUGGGAGCAGCUGCAAAAACGAUAUGAGAAUCGAAAGCUCAUUGUUAAAUCUCACAUCGAUGCACUUUUUGCAGUAGAACCGGUACGAAGAGAGAGCUAUGAGGCUCUGAGUUAUCUUCUUAGUGAAUAUGAGCGCAAUCUGCAAAUGCUGGAUAAGGUGGGAGAAAAUACGUCGGAAUGGAGCACUAUCCUCGUACACAUGAUGUGCGCCAGAUUAGAUUCAUCGACUUUGCGGAAUUGGGAAACUCACCAUUGCUCUUCGGAGGUUCCGAAAUACACAGAACUGAUAGAGUUCCUACGCAAACAUUGUGCUAUUCUUCAGUCAAUAGCUCCAGACAAGCCAGUUCAAGUCGAGAUGAAGAAACCUAAAUUUUCUGUCAGCCAUGUCCAUUCUGCUCUGGAGAGGCACACUCUGCAUUCAAGUGCCAAAGUUUCAUAA